UAAAACUGACUGUCACACAUUAAGACUCAGGAACCUCCAAAUUGAGAAGACGUUUCCUUUAGAAGACACCUCAUCGUUUACAUUGCCUUGCAAAUAAACCUGCACAGUUCGGUCUGAAUAAUGGACCAAAUACAAAAUGACAUUCUUUCGCAGCCAGAGAUUCUCUCAUUUGAAAUGCGACUAAUGGAAGCAGUGCACGAACUCAGCAUGAAACGGAGGUUGCUGGAAGAGUGCCGCCUGAACCUAGAUGGAGCUCUGUGGAAACAGCAUGAGCUGGAACGCAUGCUGGAAGUUGAGUGUCGUGAUUCGCAGACAAUGCGCCUCCAGCUUAAGGCAGCAGUGGAGGCAGUACAGCAAUAUGGUGAGGAACGGGUAGCACGCUCGGGAGAACUGUCCCGACUGCGAAUUGAACUGGAGACAGCUGUCCGUGAGAGAGACUGCCUUAAGGACCAGACUCAUACCAGUCAGUUUGAGAAUAUGACGCUGAGUCGACAAGUAGAAGAGAUGCAGGGACAGCUACGCUGUCAACAGGCAUUCCAGGAGAACAGCUUCAGCCUGGAAGCUAAAUUAAGGACUGCUGUGGAGGAGGUCAAGAGUGAAAUGGAGAAACUGGAUCAAGAUCACAAACGACUCGAGAGAACAUGCGAGGCAGCACAGCAACUGGGGACCAAUUUGCAGGAGACUCAUGUUCGCUUCCACGAUAUCCAGAAAAAGACUACAGAACAGCAGAAGAAAUACGAAUCUGAGAUGGUUGCACUCAGAGCUGAAGUGGGGAGACUGAAAAUGGAAAAGAAGAAAAUACCUGUGAAUUUAUGCAAAGAAAUGACUAAUGAUCCAGAGCAUGGUUCCUUCUCAGAUAAAUUCCAUGAGGCACAAUAUAGAAAAAAGACUUCCAAGUACCUGCAGGAGAUAAAAGAGUUUGUUGGUGCCGAGUCUAAAGGGAGCGCACAACUAACUGAAACUUUGCAGAAAGCUCUCAAAGCACAAGCUGUCUUACAGAAAUUGGUGCAGGAAGCAACGGAGGAGCUGCAGAAAAAAACAGAACAUAUUUCUGCGCUUCAGUCAUCAAACGGUGCUCUAAAUAGCAGUCUAAAUGAAGCUUAUGGAACUAUCAGGUCUCUGGAGGAACAAGUGAAAGAACUGCUUGCCAAACCUGCAUCUGAAGAAAUGGGUAUGCAGACAGAUGCUGAGAAAGUCGUCUGUGAGGCACGCAGUACACAAACGGAUGUUGACAUAAAGUGUUCAGAUGUGGACUGGAGUGCUGCGGCCAAGAAAGAAUCUAUUCUGCCACAAGAGAGUACCCACGAGACCACAGAUGGUAAACAGGAAUGUGAAACAGAUAAUACUUUUUGAGUAUUUGGAUUUAAAUCACUGGUAUGAUCUGCAACUGGAUGCAAUUUCAUAUCAGACAUCUAAAUGUUUCAUUAUAAAAUUUAUGUAACAGGAACUAUAGCAAAAAAUUGUUCUAUCUCGCAUUUACUUUUACUUUCAUCAUUAAUGACAGUCUUUUUUCUUCUGUUCUCAAUAUAUGCCCUAACCAAUUAAAAAUUUCUUUUACGUGUUUCAUUUCUAGAAUGUGCAUUUUUCACUGUUUAUUCUUAAUUUUCUCUCUAUUUUAGAUAGGAAUUUCAUCUUCAUAGUUUGUAGCUUAUUUCCAAGUCUCAUCUUCUAAUUCCAACAUCUGAUCAGUAUAACUAAAUAUAUAUUAAAGCAAUAAUUACAGCGCAUACAACAUAAUAUUUGAAAGACUUCGGUAUUCAUUCAAUAAAUCUGUUUAUAAGCAACAUACUGCGUAGUUGGUGUUCAUGUACUGCCCAAAACUGUGGUAUCUCUCAUUGUUUGAACCAAUUAAUUGAAUCAAUAAACUACAUUAAUGAA